GCCAAUCCGACCAGUGCGUUCGCUGCAUAGUUCGCUAAAAGCUUCGCAAUGCCGAAUGUUUUUAAUCCUUUCUAACUUAUUGAUUUGUUUAGAAAAGGAUGAUCUCUAUGCUAAAAGUGGCGAGACGGUGCUUUUGUUGCACAUCAGUAAGGUUUUCUUUAAAUGGCGUUGGUGCACGGUCAUUAAAAGUUGCGACUCCAAAAGUCAAAAGCCAACGCAGUCCCUACGUUCUUGCUUUUAUUGGAGUUGCCGUCUCGGCCCCCCUUUUAUGGUACCAAACCCUGAGUACCCCUGACAAACGCUUUGUUCGGACCUCUCUUGGAGGACUUGUCAGAUUUGCAAAGACAUUAAAAAUUGGUCUUACAAUAUCUUGCGACUACUCGUACAGUGCAAAGGGAUAUACUGAGGGAACUGAGGAUUACAAGGCCAUGAUGAAGCGCUGUCACCAGCGCAGUGCUGAGCGAAUUCUCAAGGGUUGCCUUGAGAAUGGUGGCCUAUACAUCAAGCUCGGACAAAGUCUGGUUGCUCUCAAUCACCUUUUGCCGCGAGAAUACCUUGACACCUUAGAAGUGCUUCAUGACCAUGCAUUGGUGCGCAGCAAAGAUGAGAUCAGUGAGCUGUUUAGGGAGGACUUUGGUUGCUUGCCUGAAGAAAUGUUCAAAGAGUUCAACCGCACACCGAUUGCAGCUGCCAGCCUAGCUCAAGUUUUCAAGGCAAAGACUACCGAAGGAAAGGACGUUGCUGUAAAAGUGCAGUACAUUGAUUUACAGCAACGAUUUAGUGGAGACCUGCAUGGUAUUGGCAUCUUGGUGAAUAUCGUCAGUUGGAUGCACCCUGAUUUUAACUUUGCUUGGAUCCUUGAUUAUCUUAGGUCAUGCUUGGUAAAGGAGUUGGACUUCGUGCAUGAAGCUGGCAACAUGGAGCGUUGUGCCCGAGAUCUCGCCCAUCUCCCCUACGUUUCAGUUCCUGGAGUUCACUGGAGCAAGACAAGUAAAAGAGUACUCACUAUGGAUUUUGUGAAUGGAGUCAAGAUAAGUGAUGUCAAGGGAAUUAAAAAGCUUGGUCUUGAUCUUGCUGAUGUUGACCGAAAGAUGGUGGCAGCAUUUGCCGAGCAGAUAUUUCACACUGGCUUUGUCCAUGCAGACCCACAUCCUGGCAAUGUGUUUGUUGAGAAAGGAAAAGAUGGAAAAGCAAGAAUAGUUCUUUUGGAUCAUGGGCUAUAUGAGUGCAUCUCUAAGGAAAACAGACUUUCUCUUUGUCAAUUGUGGAAGUCCAUCAUAAUGAAUGAUCGUAUUGGAAUGAAGACACACUCUCUUGAGUUGGGCGUUGCAAAUUACCCCAUCUUCUGCGAGAUCCUGAUGCAACGACCUCUGCAGCGACAAACCUUUCGCUUGCGCAAUCAGCUGUCCAGUGAAGAUGUGGCCUACAUGCGCACCAUGGUGCAGAAUCACUUUGAUGAGGUCAUGGACUGCAUUCGCAGCCUCCCUAGGCCCAUGCUGCUCAUAUUCAGGAACAUAAAUACUGUGCGCUCGAUCACGAAAAACCAUGGGCAUCCUGUUGAUCGCUUUACUUUGAUGGCUCGCAUUGCUACUCGGCGGCUGACCUUGAAUCUGGAACAUGCCAACUUGCUGAUCAUACUGCACCACUGGUGGAAUUGCAUGGUGUUUGAGUUUAGGCUCAGGUUGGAGUACUGGCAGUUGAAAUUCUCACUGCUGUACCUGCGUUUAUUGCUUUGGAUCAAAGGGCCUUGCAAGGACAUCGAUUAUAUGAUGGAGCUUGCUGCUGGGGAUGUAUCUCCACUGUAAUGUCGACCUACUUUGCAGGACUGCAACUGUGCUCUUAUAAAUUAAUGAUAUAGUUGCUAUAGCUAAUUUUCAAUUUUUGUGAUAUCAUGUUGAGUUAAUGUGAAUAAACUGUUGCCAUAUCUUGUUCA